AUGCCCAUUUACUUGUUUCCUUUUUUUUCCAGCCGUCUUUUUUUUUUCGAAAGGUGUCUAAGCUACACAGCUGGAAAUGUAACAAGUGUCUCAGAAUUCUUCCUCACAGGCCUCUCAGAUGAUCCAGAACUGCAGCCUUUGCUCUUUAUCCUGUUCCUGUCCUUGUACCUGGUCACCAUAUUGGGGAACCUGCUCAUCAUCCUGGCUGUUACCUCUGACCCCCACCUCCACACCCCCAUGUACUUCUUCCUCUUCAACCUGUCCUUGGUUGACAUCAGUUUCAUCUCCACCACUGUCCCCAAGAUGAUCGUGAACAUCCAAACUCAUAGCAGAGUCAUCUCCUAUGAAGCCUGCCUGACACAGAUGUCUUUUUUUAUCCUUUUUGUGUGUAUGGAUGGUAUGCUUCUGACUGCAAUGGCUUAUGACAGGUUUGUGGCCAUCUGUCACCCACUGCGCUACCAGAUCAUCAUGAACCCACGCCUCUGUUGCGUUUUAGUUUUGGUGUCAUUUUUUGUUAGCUUUUUGGACUCCCAGGUGCACAAUUUGAUUGAGUUACAAGUUGCCUGCUUUAAGAAUGUGGAAAUUUCUAAUUUCUUCUGUGACCCUUCUCAGCUCCUCAAGCUUGCCUGUUCUGCUUUCACCAACAACAUAGUCCUGUAUUUUUUUGGUGCCACCUAUGCUUUUCUCUUUUUCUCAGGGAUCUUUUUCUCUUACUAUAAAAUUCUUUUUUCCAUUCUAAGAGUCCCCUCAUCAGGUCGAAUGUAUAAAGCCUUCUCCACCUGUGGUUCUCACCUGGCAGGUGUUUGCAUAUUUUAUGGAACAGGCCUUGGUGUGUACCUCAGCUCAGCCAUCUCACAAUCUCCCAGGAAGGAUACAGUGGCCUUGGUAGUGUACACUGUGGUCACCCCCAUGCUGAACCCCUACAUCUACAGUCUGAGGAACAGAGACAUCAAAAAGGCCAUGUGGAGGUUCCUCAGCAAAACGUUCUAA